AUGUCCUAUAUCGUAUCUGUCCCCGCAGGCCGCUGCCACCGACGCGACGAGAACAGCAAAUGGGUCGACCCCCAGGCUGAGAAGGGCGCCAUCCAGCUCAGGCUCGAAGACGACUUAUUGCGUUUUGCUUGGAGAUCCAGGGAGAACCACCAGAUUGACGAGGAGCUCAUCAUCUUUCCCGGCGAAGCCACAUUCGAGAAGGUCACUCAAGACCCUACUGGACGAACCCACAUCCUCAAGUUCAGCAGCUCCAACCAAAAGUACUUUUUCUGGUUCCAGCGCAAGAACAAGGACGGGGACUUUCGUGCCCAAGUAGACAUCAACAACCUCUUGCAGGACCCCUCUUACCAACCCGGCUCCGCUGCUCUGCCUCCUCAGCAAGAGCAAGACUGGCCCCCUACCCCCGGUGCCCCUCGACUUUCCAACCCUGAGCCUGCUCCCUCCACCAGUGCUGAAGCCAGCUCUUCCACUGCCCCCGAAGCUACUCAGGAGAACAUGGCGAGAUUGCUGGCUGAAUGGGCUCGAGGUGGUGCUUUGGGCCAGGCCGAGGACCCUGCUCGUCUCACCGAUGUCCUCUCUUCGUCCAACAUUGCCACACUCAUCACGAGCAACCCAAGCUUGAUUCCCACCAUCACUCCUCUCUUUCCUCCUGGCCUCAGUCUUCCCGAAAACCCCAAGGCGGAAGACAUCAUUCCCGUGCUUUCUGCGCCCCAAUUCACCGAUGCCAUCGCCAGUCUUGACAAUGCUCUUCGGAGCGGCGGGCUUCCUGGCGGUAUGAUGAGAGAGCUCGGCUUGCCGGAGAGUGCUGGACAGAGCGUCAAGGGUUUCUUGGACGGUCUUCUUGGGCUGAAGAAAGAAGACGAUAGAAUGGACGAGGAUUGA